GUUUUUCUGGGUGUUUUAUGUUGAGGAUGUUAGGUGGAGAUUUGGUGAUUCGGGAGGAUGAGUUGAAGCAAAGGGUAGGAUUUUUCCCUGAGAAAAUUGGAAUUUUGGUGAUCUUCGUGGGAAAUUUUCAGGAAUUGGUAUUUGUUUGAAGCAAGGUAUUUUUUUAUAAAAAUAGGAAGAACUGGCAGAAAGAGCUGGUUGCUGGGUUUUGCACUAGAAUCUGAGAUGAAUUUUGGUGAAGAAAUUUCAAUUCCACAAGGAAAAGAAUUCCAGUUUAUGAGUUCUUGGAUACCGGUAACCCCACAAAAGCCGAUCUCUCCAGGAUCAAACCUGAUCCAAAUGAAUGGGCAUGGGAACCAGUUUGGACAAGAAAAUUGGCAGGAAUUUGCUGCAUUUCCUAAGGGAUAUUUUCAAGAUAUCCUAAAUAACAAUGAAGUUUCUCAAAGUUUCGACCAGGAUCAACAUUUUGGCAGUCUAAAUUUGGCAAAGAAUAACAGAAUGAUCAAUAACAUUGCAGGUUCUUAUGGACAGGUUCUUCAGAAUGGAAACACGGAAUGGAACAAUCAUACCCGGGAAAGUCUUCUGACAACCGGAAAUGCCACAAAUGGUUUUGCCUCUGCAAACCAAACUGCAAGCAUAGGCAGCAGGAGCACAGUGUCAAUCUCAAAUUUGCAUUCUCGAGAAGAUAACUGGAGAUAUUCUAGCUCACAUCAAUCCUCAAGUUCAGACUUCAUAAGCAAUAUCAACAACUUCCUCCAGAUGCCGCAAUAUGGAUUUCCAAUACCUUCAAUGCCAGAGUGCAAUUUAAACUCACCAAGGACAGAAGUCGGUGCAGACUCUCGUUUCACCACCUCAUUUCAAUCCAUGUUAGAAGCACUAAAUCAAACUGAGAAGAUGGAGAACAAGCAGAUCUCCACAGCACCAACUUCUGCAUCACAUGAAAGCUCGAAUUGUGAGAAGGAAAGACAGGCAAAUUUAAUUGCACACAAUGAAAAUGGUGUUUCUCAAAAGAACUGUGAGCUCUUACAGAAUGUUGUCGAUUCCUCAUCUGCUGUCGUUGGCACUCCAAUGGACAAAAAGGACUCUGAAAGGGGAAGUACCCGAGGCAUAGAUCUGAAUAAGACGCCUCAGCAAAAACCACCUAAACGAAGAAAACACAGACCCAAGGUAAUUGUGGAAGGAGAACCCAAAAGUACUCCGAAGUCUGACGCUGCAGCUAAUGUUAACUCCAAGAACAACCCAAGUGAGAAGAGGAAGUAUGUGCGCAAAGGCCUGGUGGAAUCUGCAACUGAACAUGCAGAUUCAACAAAGGAAGCUGGCUCAACUGCUGGAACUCCGGAGAAGAGGAAGCAUGUAUGGAAGAGAAGCCUGAAAGGAUCUGCCAAUGAACUGAUAGAUUCGGCACACAUAUCUGCUCAAGGAGCUGGGAUAACUGCAACAGGGAAGCACAUGCACGAGGGCAACCAGAAAGAAUCAAAGACUUUGCAAGGAGAUUGUACAAGGGGCUCUGAUCCUAGUGCUCAAGCAACUCAACAAGUAGAUUGUAUAAAGGAGCUUGAUCCUACUUCAGUGCCUGCUCAAAGAUCCUGCAGAAGAGUAUUGGAUUUUGAUUUAGAAAACACUGGAAAUGGAAGUCCGACCGAUAUACUUAGUCACCAAGCAAAGCUAGAGGGAAUUAAGUCCUUUGAAUCUCGAGCCAUGGGAUUUUCCGAUGUUGGAUAUAGUGAGUCUAGAACAAAACUCACUACACAGACUACUCAACAGAGUGGAUUGGCAGUAGAAAACCAGCAACUACAAACUGAAUACAGUCACCCCUCUUUCUUGAAGAAAAUGUUGCCAAUUGAUUACAUGUCCAUGCCAUGUACAGCUGCUACAGCCUCCCAACUUCAAGCAAAGGAGAUAAUGGAGAAUGUAACAGUCAUGACAAGAAACGUAAACAAUUACAAUGCUAAUUUGAGCCAACAAAGCUAUGGAAAUGGGUAUGCAUCCACACAGCCAGCCAUCCAAUUUGUUUCACAAAGGAGAAGCAAUUGGAAAAAUAUUCAUGGGACCAAGGAACUCAUGUUCGAGAGACGCCCUCAAUCAGUAGCGGCAGUUUUGUCCAACUCUAAUGAAGGUAGGGGAUUCAAGAGAGAUCACUAUCAUGCCAUUGAGCAGCGACAAUUCAGCAGAGCAGGUUCACUGAGUUCAUUGCUAUCCCAAGGGAUGUUUGAAGAGGAUGAAGGUUAUACAAAUUGCAGCAGUAAUGGGGCAGCUUUUCUACUGGCUUCUAAAAGAAGGAUGAUGGAGGAUGAAACCCGUGCAUAUAUUUAUGGAAUCAAGUGUCCAGCGUCACAUUCUGUAGGACUACUUCAAACAAAAGGCACAAAUGGUGUUAAUGCAGGACAAUUUAUAUCACUGAGAGAUUGUGGAAAAUCUAACCCCCAUUUUCAAAGUGAUAACAUAGACAGCAGAAAAAGUGGUGCGUUCAGUGAAUUCACAGGAGACAGGUGUGUUAACUCUACAGCUAGAGAUCUAACCUCUUCAAAGAAAAAUAUUUUUUCCCAACUGCUUUCAGGCAUAGAAAAAGUAGGAAACACAAAAGAGUUAGCUCUAGUCCAAAACUUGGUCACAAUCAAGAACUACAAUCUUCUUCUACCAACUACCUCUGAAAAGGUCCCUGCACCUCAAUUUGGCUUGGUCGGCAAAAGAUCCCAUACCAAUCUUUCAGAAAAUAAGAAAAGAGAGCCUGGUCUACCUAGAAGAGUUCCAUCCAGAACUGGACAGAUGAUGCACAAAAAGGAAGAAGUGUAUGAGAACCGGCAGCAAUCCAUAAAAGCAAGUGGACCAUCAAAAAAACAGGCAACUCUCAAUCCGGUGGAGGAGAUAAUAAAGAAAUUCAAGGACCUCACUCUCAAAGAAAGGAACAGCAAACCUAAGGCAGAACUGCAGAAUGCACUUGUUGUAUACAACGGACCUGGAACAAUUUUCCCAUAUGAGGGGUUUGAAUUUAUCAAGAAAAGCAAAGUGCGACCUAGAGUGGACCUUGAUCCAGAGACAAAUAGGGUAUGGAAUUUGUUGAUGGGGAAGGAGGGAAAAGACAUUGAGGACACAGAUAAGGAGAAGGAAAAUCGAUGGGAAGAAGAAAGGAGAGUUUUUCAUGGCAGAGUUGAUUCAUUUAUAGCCCGAAUGCAUCUUGUACAAGGAGAUAGGCACUUCUCAAAAUGGAAGGGAUCUGUGGUGGAUUCUGUAAUAGGAGUCUUCCUUACCCAAAAUGUUUCGGAUCACCUUUCAAGCUCUGCCUUCAUGUCUCUUGCAGCAAAAUUUCCUUUGAAGUCAUCAAGCAAGACAGACUGCAAUGCAGAUGAGGCAAAAAUACUAAUCGAAGAACAAGAAAUCUGUGAACUGAAUCCAGAUGAAACCAUCAAAUGGCAUGAAAUGCCAUUUAGUCAUCAGUAUGACAACCAAAGCUCCAGAACUCCUAUCAUGUCAACAGACUACCCAAGGAACAGCGAGUAUUUAGUUAUAGAGAGAACAAGUUUCACUGGAACAUAUAGUCAGAGCUUGGAGGAAGAUGUGCUGUCAUCGCAAAAUUCUUUUGAUUCCUCAGUUAUUCAAGCAAACAGAGGAAUCAGAACCUACUCAGGCUCCAACUCAGAAACAGAAGAUCCUACAAUGAGAUGCAAGUUCCUCAACAUUCAUGGUUCAACUCUUGACCAGAUAGAGAACAAUGCCUCUUUUGAUGAAUUUUACCAUUGUGCAAAUGGGAGCUCACCGUUUCAUGAAGGAUUAAAAUAUAAACAGUCAGAAGUUACAGAAGAGGGGCAGACAUCAAGAUUGAAAAGAACAGAAAAUCUCAAACGGUCUUCCUCAUUCAAUCAAGAUAGCUAUUUUAGAAGCCAACUACAGGUGAAAUCGUUGGGAGCAAGUAGCCAUCCACUACACAUAACUUUGGAGUCUGAAACAUGGGAAGAAGACAGCCUUGAACCUUUCAGUGAAGAGUGCAUGUCUUCCUGGGCUUCAAAUGCUGGGUUCAACAAGCCAAAACAAUCAGACCAUAGUGGAGGUAAAAUCAUGGUCCAACACAAUCGACAACCAGUAAAUCAAAAUAUGGCCACAACAGUCUUGAAUACCUUAUCGGGUGAGCACUUAGUGCAGCAACGAGUUCAUAAUAGAAGUAAUCAGCUUUGCAACAAUAAUCAAGAAAACAGGAAGACCUUCCAAUCAGAAUGUGCAUCAGUUACAAUGCCUCCAACAACUGAUAUAAUGACUAAGAUGCAGAAAAGUACCUCAUUGUCUGCUGCAGAUGCCCUCAAAUUCACGGAAAGACCUGAUGUUGAAAGAAUGACUGAUUUGGCUAAUGGUAAAGCUAUAGAAAGCAGAGAGGUUCAAUCAAAUGAAAAGGAGCCGGUGCAUUCUUCUGACAAUCAGCAUGGAGAUAACAUCAGCUUAAAGCCCAAAAGAAGAAAGGCUCAGGAAGAGAAAAAUAAUGCUACUGACUGGGACCAGUUAAGGAAACAUGUGCAGGUCAAUGGUUUACAGAAAGAAAGAAGCAACGAUACUAUGGAUUCCCUUGAUUACAAAGCAAUGAGAAAUGUUAGUGUUGAUGAGAUUUCUAACACCAUCAAAGAAAGAGGGAUGAACAACAUGCUGGCAGAACGAAUCAAGGACUUCUUGGACCGACUGGUUAGAGACCAUGAAAGCAUUGAUCUGGAAUGGUUAAGAGAUGUUCCCCCUGGUAAAGCAAAGGAUUAUCUUCUAAGCAUACGAGGAUUGGGGCUGAAAAGUGUGGAGUGUGUUAGGCUUUUAACCCUUCACCAUCUUGCUUUUCCAGUUGACACAAAUGUUGGACGAAUAGCUGUUAGGUUAGGAUGGGUUCCUCUACAACCGCUGCCUGAGUCACUACAGCUGCAUCUCUUAGAAUUGUAUCCAAUACUGGAGUCAAUUCAAAAAUAUUUGUGGCCAAGAUUAUGCAAGCUUGACCAGAAAACAUUGUAUGAACUACAUUAUCAGAUGAUUACAUUUGGAAAGGUUUUUUGCACAAAGAGUAAACCAAAUUGCAAUGCAUGUCCAAUGAGAGGGGAGUGCAGACACUUUGCAAGUGCUUUUGCAAGUGCAAGGCUCACACUACCAGGGCCUGAAGAGAAAAGUAUAACAAGUACAAUUGCUCCAAUGAUGCCUGAGAGAAAUCCUAACGGAACUUUAAAUCAAAUUCCAUUACCUCCACCCGUGCAUAACUUGCUUAAAGUAGCGCAUAAUGGUGGCAACAAUGAACCUAUCAUUGAAGAGCCGGAAACACCAGAACCAGAGCACAUAGAAGUAACACAGAGUGAUAUUGAAGAUGCAUUCUAUGAGGAUCCUGAUGAAAUUCCCACAAUAAAACUGAACAUGGAAGAGUUCACAGCGAACCUACAGCAUUACAUGCAGGAGAAUAUGGAACUCCAAGAAGGAGACUUGUCAAAGGCUUUAGUAGCUUUGAAUCCUGAAGCUGCUUCUAUCCCCACUCCAAAACUGAAGAAUGUGAGCAGGCUACGAACAGAGCAUUAUGUAUAUGAGCUUCCAGAUACGCAUCCUCUCUUGAAACAGAUGGAAAAACGGGAACCUGGUGAUCCUAGUCCCUAUCUUCUAGCUAUAUGGACACCGGGUGAAACUGCUCACUCAAUUCACUCACCAGAACAAAGUUGCGGAUCCCAAGAACAAGGAAGAUUGUGCAGCGAGAAGACCUGUUUUGCUUGCAAUAGUGUAAGAGAAGCUAAUGCCGAGACAGUCCGAGGAACCAUCUUGAUACCAUGUAGAAGUGCAAUGAGAGGAAGCUUUCCCCUAAAUGGGACGUAUUUUCAAGUUAAUGAGGUCUUUGCAGAUCAUGAAUCAAGCCUCAACCCAAUCAACGUUCCAAGGGAAUGGAUUUGGAAUUUACCAAGACGAACUGUAUACUUUGGAACAUCUGUGUCAUCAAUAUUCAAAGGACUUUCAACUGAGGGAAUUCAGUACUGCUUUUGGAAAGGAUUUGUUUGUGUAAGGGGAUUUGACCAAAAAACGCGAGCACCACGGCCGCUUAUGGCUAGGUUGCACUUUCCUGCAAGCAAGCUGGUCAAGAUGAAGAGUGAAAACAAGAAAUGAACCAGUCAUGAUACAGAGAUGAUUGUUACCCAGAGGUACAAACCAAUGUCAAUGAGUCAAUCCAUAAAGGGAACUACAAUAGCCAACUAGCAUCUUCCCAUAAAGGAAACAGAAAUUUGCAGGGUAGAAGAGA